CAUGUUCCAGCAAAUAAAAGACUGUAUGGCUUUCUGGUCUAUGAUAUUUUUUCUACUAGGUUUCAUCUUGUUUCUAUGCCGAAAGUUGGAAAAUUUAAUCAGAUCUUUCAAAGUGGGAGAAAUCAAAGAAAAACGUGUUUUAAUUACUGGAUGCGACAGCGGUUUUGGUUAUCAACUCGCAAAAAGGCUGGACUCUAAGGGACUCUACGUUAUAGCCCUUUGCUUACACGAUCACAGUUGUACUCGGUUAAAAUCUGAAAGUUCGUCCAAACUAAGAGCAUUCCAAGUGGACGUUUCAAAGGAAGAAGAAAUUGAACAAUUAAAGUGUCUUUUAAGAGAAGAACUAGAAGAGAAGGGACUACAUGCUUUAGUAAACAACGCUGGAAUAAGUAGUUCCGAAGCUGUAGCCGAAAUCUAUUGGUUAAAGGUGGGAGAUUUUCAAGAAGUAUUUAAUGUCAACGUCUAUCCAAUAGUUAAUUUUUGUAAACAAUUUCUACCAUAUCUAAAAAGAGCUAAAGGGAGGAUUGUUAAUAUGAGUUCAGCAGCAGCAAAAUUAGCCGAUCCAAUUGAAACGUCAAUACCUUAUCUAACAAGUAAAUAUGCUAUGGCUGCUUAUUCAGAUUCAUUAAGAAUUCUUCUGAAAUUGAAUAACAUUCCAGUUAGCGUUCAUAUUAUAGAGCCAGGAAUGUUUAGGACCAACUUCAUGAACAGCCAAGAGAUAAUGGCUCGCAUUUAUAAAGGAUUAGAUAGAAUACAAGAAAAGAAGCUUCGAAAAAUAUUUACAGAUGUUGCCAAUGAUCAAGCUAAAACUCUGAGGGAACGGUUGGAGAGAAAAUUCCCACCAGACUCAACUCCGGUUAUAGACUGCUACGAAAAUGCUAUUCUCUCUAUUUGGCCGAAGAAACGCAGUAGUGUAAACGCGAGUGGUUCAAUUCUACUUUCAUACUGUCCAAGUUGGUUAAGUGACGAUAUACUAUUGGAUAUUUAA